AUGCAGGAAUUAUUCACUAAAUAUUCCAUGGACUCCAUAUUCGAAGUUAGAUUUGGGCUCAAAUUGAAUAUUUUGGAUGAAUCUAACGAGGAAGCGAUUACAUUCGCCAAGGCUUUUGAUGAAGCGAACGCUUUGACAUUUCACCGUUACGUUAACUUAUUCUGGAAGGUCAAGAGAUUUUUCAAUGUUGGUACAGAAGCAACACUCAGAAAAAAUAUUGCAGUGAUUAAUGAAUUCAUCCAUAAAAUCAUCAGGUCUAGACGGAAGCAGUACUCGUGCCAUCAAAGUGAAGAUAUUUUGUCAAGGUUCCUUUUGGAAAGUGAGAAGACUCCGGAGACCAUAAACGAUCGUUACUUGAGGGAUAUCAUUUUGAACUUCAUGAUUGCCGGGAAGGAUACCACUGGUGGCACGCUUUCAUGGUUCAUAUAUUUUCCCUGCAAGCAUCCCCUUAUACAAGAGAAGACUGCACAAGAGGUCAAGGAGAUAGUUGGUUCUGGUGAAAAAGGACAGUUUACUCAGUUUCUGGAAAAACUUACAGAAGGGGCAUUAGAAAAGCAGCAGUAUCUUCAUGCUGCUUUGAGCGAAACCUUGAGAUUGUACCCUGCAGUCCCCCUUGAUAGACAGUAUGCAUGCAAGGUUGACGUCCUCCCUGAUGGAUUCAAAGUGAAGAAAGGUGAUGGAGUCAACCAUGUAACUUAUGCGAUGGGCAGAAUGAAGUAUAUCUGGGGCGACCAUGCGGACAAUUUCCGGCCAGAGAGAUGGCUCCACGACGGAGUUUUCAGACCAGAAUCCCCCUUCAAAUUUCCAGCAUUUCAUGCUGGUCCACGAACGUGCUUGGGUAAAGAUUUCGCGUAUCGGCAGAUGAAGAUAGUAGCUGCACUGCUUACUGCUUGCUUUAGAUUCAAAUUAAAGGACCCGUCUAAAGAAGUGACUUACAAAACCAUGCUGACUCUUCACAUUGAUCGGGGCUGUGAAGAAGACUUGUGA